AAAAACACUGAAGGGGUAGCUAUGGAGAUGGAGCGUUUUCCUGGCUGCUUUCUUUGACAGGUGUUGAGUGGGGCAAAAGUCUUAAAACAGAAUCCAGCAUGUACGCCAAAGGUAAAGGAGCCGUGGUCCCUUCCGACAGCCAAGCGAGAGAAAAGUUAGCUUUAUACGUGUAUGAGUAUUUGCUGCAUGUCGGCGCACAGAAAUCAGCACAGACCUUCCUGUCAGAGAUACGAUGGGAGAAGAACAUCACGCUCGGGGAACCUCCGGGAUUUUUACACUCGUGGUGGUGCGUAUUCUGGGACCUCUACUGCGCCGCCCCGGACCGGAGAGAGACAUGCGAACAUUCCAGCGAGGCCAAGGCUUUCCAUGAUUAUAGUGCGGCCGCCGCCCCCAGUCCAGUGAUGGGCAACAUGCCACCCAACGACGGCAUGCCGGGAGGACCCAUGCCCCCGGGUUUCUUUCAAGGUCCUCCAGGAUCGCAGCCCUCCCCCCAUACGCAGCCACCCCCACACAACCCUAGCAAUCCCAUGAUGGGACCUCACGGACAGCCAUUUAUGUCGCCGCGAUACCCAGGUGGGCCAAGGCCCGCACUUCGUAUGCCAAAUCAGCCGCCAGGGAGCAUCCCUGGGUCACAGCCCCUCCUGCCAAACAGCCUGGACCCCACCAGACCUCAAGGACAUCCGAACAUGGGAGGUCCAAUGAGAAUGAACCCCCCUCGAGGAAUGGGAGGCAUGGGCCCACAGAAUUACGGCGGAGGGAUGAGGCCGCCUCCAAACUCCAUGGGCCCAGGGAUGCCCGGCAUGAACAUGGGUCCCGGUGGAAGAGGUCCAUGGCCUAAUCCCAACAACAACUCGAUAGCGUAUUCGUCUUCAUCUCCAGGAAACUAUGUGGGCCCCCCAGGGGGAGGAGGCCCACCAGGAACUCCCAUUAUGCCGAGCCCCGGAGAUUCAACAAACUCCAGUGAAAACAUUUACACAAUGAUGAACCCCAUUGGCCCUGGCGGAAACAGACCUAAUUUCCCGAUGGGACCGGGUCCUGACGGGCCUAUGGGUGGAAUGGGUGCAAUGGAGCAGCAUCAUAUGAACGGCUCACUAGGCUCUGGUGACAUGGAUGGGUUGCCAAAGAAUUCUCCCAACAACAUGGCAGGCAUGAACAAUCCUCCCGGCACUCCGCGGGAUGAUGGCGAGAUGGCAGGCAAUUUUUUAAACCCAUUCCAAAGUGAAAGUUAUUCACCCAACAUGACGAUGAGUGUGUGAUUUUAUUUUAUUUUAUCUUUUAUUUUACUUUUUUUCCAUCUCCCUUUAUCCCACCCUCCCUCCCCGGUGCGUCUUGCAUUGCCCCCUCAUCCUCUUCUCCUUCUCUCUGGACCGGUGUGUGAUGCCGCCCAGCCCCUAGGGAUGCCCAUGGACAGCAGGACUCCCCUCAAGGGCCCCCACCCCAACAUGUGUAAAAUGGGUGUAAGAACAUGAGACAUUCUUUGUCGCGCCCCCUCGUCUUGAGCCUCGGAGCCCGAAUCUCUAAACACCCCUACACCAACUCAUUCAUGAUGCACCUCUCCAUGGUCACCACCUGCUAGCAUGGCGGGGGGACACACUGAUCCUUUAGGACACUCUCGUUUUUCAAUGUUGGGAUUUUUGUUGUCGUCUUUUGUGAUGCUUUUGUGUAAAGGGCAAUUUAUUUUUAACAAUAGUGCCUGUGAAUCCUAAAAUGUGUUUUUAGUCCCCUAAAUCCAACUAUCUACCCUUUUAUUUUGGAGCUCAACCUCACCUGCUCUCCACUCUAGAGGACGCAUUCUGUCUCCUGUGGAAUGGAUCACAUCGCAGCACACGAACUACCUUACAAGGCCUCGCCUAUCCCGCCUCACGUCACAUGUGCACGAGACGAGAACGCUGUCUUAGAAGCAUUUGGGCCACGCUGAAAAGAAAAAAGUCAACCGCAACAAUAAAGUUUUGUCCGAGAAAAAGUCGUAAUAUUCAUAUUAAUACUUCUUUCUUGUAAUAUGACGACUUUUUUCUUGAAAAAAUGCAACUUUACUCACAUAAUAUUAGGACUUUUUUCCCGCAACAUGAGGACGUUUUUCUUGUAAUAUUGCAAGAUUGUGAUACUUAUCUUGUCAUUUUACCAGAUUAUUUUUGUGAAAUUUCAACAAUUUUUGUGUAAUAUUACGAAUUCAUUCCUGCAAGAGUGCGACUUUUUUUUUUAAAAUAUAUAUUACAACUUUUUUCUAUUUUAUGACUUUCUUUUUACAAGAAUACGGCUUUUUCCUUGAGAUAUGACAACUUCAUUUUCAUAAUAUUCCAUCGUCAUACUCCCAAAAUUACGACCCUUUUCUUGAAAUAGCGCAACUGCACUUAACUUUUUCUUGUCAUGUUGUAACUUUUUUCUUGUUACGUUACGACUUUCUUCUCGCAAGAUUACGACUUUUUCCUUUUUUGUUGUUUUUUUUUUAAUUUUCAUACUAUGACAACUUUAUUUUCAUAGGAUUAUGGCUAUAAUCCCUCAAGAUAACCAUUUUUUGUAAUAGUAUGACCUUAUUUGCACAACAUUACGACUUUUGCUUGUAAUACUCCAACUUUAUUUGCAUAACGUUGCGACUUUCCUUUUAAUACGACAGCUUUAUUUUGGCAACAUAGCGACGAUUUCAAUUAUUUUCGUAAUGGUACAACUUUAUUUGUAUCAUAUUACAUUUUUCACUUCGCAAGGUAACGACGAUUGUGAUUUUUAUUUGCGCAACGUUUUGACUUUCUUCUUGCCAGGUUACGACUUUUUCCAUGUAACAUGACAGCUUUAUUUUGGCAAAAUGACGAUUGAGAUUUUUUUUUCUAAUAGUACAAUUUUAGUUGCAUUUAUCUGACUUUUUCCCAUAAUUCUGCAAGUUUGCAACUUUAAGUUUUUUUCCUGGCAAUAUUACGACUUUAUUUUCACAACAUUACGACUUUUUUCGUGCAAGACGACAACUUUUUAAGAUUACAACUCAUGCUCAUAGUAAGAUUUAUCAUAAUAUUACCAGAUAAAAAGUUGUAAUACUACAACUGCGUCGUCAUUCUCAUUUUUUUCUUGUAAUUUGGCCAGUUUCGACUAUUACUUUGAUGUUUUUUUCUUGAAAAACAAACAACUCUGUUCUUAUAAUAUGAAGACACAACAUUGCAAUGUUAUUCCUCUUAACAUUACAGUAGUUUUUCUUGUAAUUAGAUUUUUCGGUGUGGCUCAGAUACUCCUUUGUGCAUUGACACGUAGGCCGUAGAGGUUCAUGGAUGCAGACUGUUGGUCCAAUGGUAAGAACCAAGUUGGGGGCAAAGGUCACGCCAAUAUAUGUAUGGUUUAUAUCUGUUUUUGUGGUUUUUAUCCGAUUGUUUUUACAUUGAAUAUAAUCACCUGUAAGAGGAAUAAUGCAAGCCCACAAAAACUGCAGACAAAGAGGAGCAGAGUGACAUGUAAUGAUGGUGAUGGUUAAAAAUCAUGCUUUUGAAGGGAGAAGAAACGUUUUCCAUGGCAUCAGAAUUGUUUUAUAGCCGCCGGGCUAAUAAUGGUGGUGUCAAUGUGACUUUUACCAGAGACAUUAUCAGGAUUUGGCUCUGAGGGUCAAUGUGGGGACACCCACCCUCCCUUUCCUCCCUCGAGAACUAUCCCUCACCCCCAUCAGUUCUCUUUUUUUUAAUUUUCAUUUUUUGUGUAAAUACUGUACAAUGCAUUUUGAUAUCAUGGACAUGUUUUGAUAUGUCAGUCACUACCAAUGAGUACAGCUGAGAGUAAAUUAUUAAUAAUAAAAAAAGAACUGUCCAUGUUUUUCAUAGAGAAAGGAUGGCUGGCGUGGCUGAACGUCCACUAAAAAUGUUGUUAUAGGACGCAGAGACGACACAAUGUUACUUUUGGCUAUGAAUAAUCAUUAAUGUGACAUCAUAUUACAGUUUUUUGAUAUGAAGGAUUUUUUUUGGCAAUUUAAGAUCACUUUUAAAAAGGAUGACUGUUUAAAAUUAAGAUCUAAAAGUUUAGGGCGUUAAAAACUGUGUCCUUUUGCUAUUGAGUCCUGUAUAGAAGCUCUCUCAGUCCUCUGUGUAUAUGGAUCGUUGGCCAUCUCUGUACUUCUAUUGUGAUGUAUAAUACUGUACCAUUAGGGGGAUUUGCUGGUCAUGUUUAGUGUGGGAGGGGGUGGGAUUAUAAAAAAAAAGAUUCUCCUGCAGUAUUCAAUAUGAAGCAGUCUGUCUCUUGGGUUUGCUUUGUAUUUCAUGCUAGGAUAGUUUGGAAUCUUGUCUUCUUAGGGACUUAGAUGUCUUGUGUAGCUAAUAAAGAUGUUCUUUGUAUGUUUCUUUAUAUUGUAAAGUUUCUUUAGACUGAAAGGGGAAAAAAAACAACAUCAUUUGCUUAUCGGAAAAGAAACAAUGCAUCAAUAAUAAAUGUCAUUUGAUUUUUUUCCCCUCA